AUGCAUGUAGAUCAUCAUACGCGAUUGACACUCGCCGCCUGGAAACGGCUCAAAUCUCUGCUCAGAGAUCAUGGCAGCCCCGUUCAUGUGGAUGGCGAAUCGUUGUCCAUUGCAGAUGUGAUCGCCAUAUCUCGUUACGGUCAUAAGGCCAGGGUCGAUGAUUCCCCUGCAGCAAUUGCCAAGGUCAAUGAAAGUGUUGACUGUCUAAAAGAGCUCCUGGACCAAGGCCAGGUCUUUUACGGCGUUGGGACUGGUUUUGGAGGCAGCGCGAAUACUCGCUCUGCAGACACGGCUGCUCUCCAGGUUGCACUUAUGCAGAUGCAGCAGUGCGGAGUAUUGUUCGGGCACCAGAGCCAUGGCCCAAGUUCUACAUCUAUGCCCGAAGCCUGGGUCCGAGCCGCAAUAGCUGUCCGAUGCAAUACUCUGGUUCGGGGACACUCGGCCGUGAGAUAUCAAAUCAUCCAGAUGCUGGAGCGACUACUUAACGAAGACUACAUACCGCUGGUCCCCGUAAGAGGCAGCAUAUCCGCUUCAGGAGACCUCAGUCCUCUUUCCUACAUUGCAGGAGUCUUAGAAGGCAAUCCCAAACUGUUUCUUUGGACGGGACAGAGUGACCCUAGAACACUCGUUAAUGCCACUCAAGCACUGAAACUGCUCCAGCUUGACCCUAUUACCUUUGGUCCCAAAGAAGCCCUGGGACUGGUGAAUGGGACGGCGGUGUCUGCUGCAGUGGCGACUUUAGCUUUGCAUCAAGUUCACCAACUUACUGUUCUAUCACAGAUCCUCACGGCAAUGGCUGUAGAGGCUCUCCUCGGAACCACAGAAAGCUUCCAUCCUUUCCUGGCCAAAGUCCGCCCCCACGUUGGUCAAAUUGAAGCCGCGCGAAAUAUUUUGGGCUUUCUCCGUGGUUCUCGCCUUGCUACACAGCAGGUUUCUGUAACCGGUAUGCAGCGUUCGGAUGACCUAUAUCAGGAUCGCUACCCAAUACGCACCUCAGCUCAAUGGAUCGGUCCACUGCUAGAAGAUCUAGUGCUUGCGGAUAAGCACAUCACCACAGAACUAAACUCAACCACGGACAAUCCCGUCAUAGAUGUCCAAACGGCCCGGGUGCUUCACGGUGGAAACUUUCAAGCCUCCACGGUGACAUUGGCCAUGGACAAAGCCCGGUCUGCGUUGCAGAUGAUGGGAAAGAUGCUCUUUUCUCAGUGUACCGAGAUGAUGAACCCGAGCAUGAGUAAUGGGCUGCCUCCAAAUCUGGUGUUUGAUGAGCCUAGCGUCUCGUAUGCGUUUAAAGGCAUCGACAUUGCCAUGGCUGCCUAUACCUCGGAGUUGGGCUUUUUAGCCCAGUCUGUUGCACCGCACGUGCAAAGCGCCGAAAUGGCGAAUCAGGCGAUUAACUCUCUGGCUCUCCUUUCGGCUCGCUAUACCCAUACGGCGAUUGACACCUUUUCGAUGUUGACUGCUUCCUACAUCUAUUCACUUUGCCAAGCCCUUGAUCUGCGGGUCAUGCAGGUACAAUUUGAAGAUGGAAUGAAGUCAGUUCUGCCGCCGCUUGUAGAGGGUUUUUUCGCAGCGGUUCUGCCUGAUGACUCCCUUGCUGAGUUGAAGUUGUUGACGUGUAGACAUAUCAUCGAUCAGUUCAAGAAGACAACCGCCGAGGACUCGACCAGUCGCUUCCGUAACAUUGCGGUGUCAACACAGGCUGUAUUCAUGUCGUUUCUCUCCAAAUCGCCUAGUUUAUCCCCUGGAAUGCUGCUGACGGGAUUCUCGAUGAUUCCUGUUUGGGUUACAAGUGUAGAGGCCCUGAUGCAGAGUCAGUUUGACGAGAUCCGUCACUCUGCGUUGACCAAAUGCGACACCCCCUCCUAUCUUUGCGAUGCUUCCAAGAAGAUAUAUGAACUGGUUCGGGUCACGUUGGGGAUUCCUUUCAAUCGCGGACUGCCAGACCACCCUUCAGUUGCGAGCGCGAAACAUACAAGGGAGCAGAUUGACGCGGGACUCACUCCGUUCAGCGAUGGAUACCUGAUUGGGGACUGUGUGAGCCGAAUCUACGACUCCCUUCGAUCCGGGGAGAUGAUGGAUACGGUCAUGGAAUGCUUGGUGGAGGUGGUGACUUGUCAUGACUCCCCAAACCAAUUCCUUUGA